AUGGAUGCAAUUAAAUUUGAUUCAAGCUAUCCUAUAAAUUAGGUGAAUUAAUUCAUAGUCUACUUUAGAGCUAUUAUUAUUAGUUUAGGUGGUCUUUUCUUUGGAUAUAAUAAUGGCUGCUUUAAUCCUACUUAAGAACAUAUUAGUAAUUUGAAUAAAUGGUAUUCAAGCUUUGAUGUAGCUCUAUACACAGGAUUAGUUACUUGCUUUUUACCAUUUGGGUGCUUGUUUGGGUCUCUACUUAGCAAUUUCUUACUUAAGAUCACUUAAUCUAAUCUUCGAGUUUGCUUAGCCUUAACAGAUGUAAUAGGUAUUUUAGGAACUGUGAUAUAAAUCAUAGAUCCUAAUUUAGGCAAUCUGAUUCUUGGGAGGUUUUUGAAUGGUGUUGCAGGUGGUUUUAAUACAUCGAUAGUUCCUAUUUAUUUAAUAAAUUUUACUCCUGUGAUAAUGAGAGGUAAAACAGGUACUUUUGUCUAAUCAUUCGCUUCUCUUGGUUUAUUUAUUGGACUCUCUCUUGGAGCUAUAUAGCCAAGAUAUCCUAAAGUACCAAAAGUAGAACCAAAAGAGGAAUUUAUUCAAAACGAAAUAGAUAAUAUGGAUUCUUUUCAUCUAAAUUUAGCUUGGAGGAUAACUAUUGGACUUCCUAUUUUGCUAUGCUUUAUUCGUUUACUUAGUUUAAUAUUUAUUUUCAAAGAAGAAACUCCUAUUUAAAUGGUUAAACACAAUCAUUUAAGAACUUUAAGGAGAUACUUAGAAAAAUGUUAUGAUAAAGAAAGAGCAGAUUUAAGAUUUAAAGAAAUUGUUAAUUAUGCUAAUUAGCAUAUAGAAGAAGAUGAUAAAUUGAGUGAAGGUGAUGAAAUAGAUGUCAAUGUCCCCAUUCAAUUUUCAAAUUAAGCAAAUAAUGAUUAAUAAAAAAAUAAUAAGAAUAAUGAAUAUUUGAUUUCCAUGCAAAAUCAUAAUGAAUAAAACAAAGAACAUAAGUAUUAGGUUCAAAACGAUACUUCAAAUCAUGAUAACUUAGAUAUCAAAUAACCCAAAAGCGAAAAAGAAAAAUUUGAAAUAAAUUUAGCAUCUUCUAACAUUAGUAAUCAUUCUGUAGAAGUUUUAGAAAAUAAAAAAAUCGAUAAUUCAAAAAAAUAAAAUAAAUUGCCAUAAAUUUUCAAGAGCCAAAGAAGAAGGAAGAUGCUAGGUGUAGUACUUCAAAUGACUACAUAGCUUAGUGGUUUAAAUGCCCUUAUGUUUUUCUCUUCAAGUAUUUUCAAAGCAAAUUCGGAUAAUCCAGACACAGUCUAGCUGUACCUUUACAUCUAAGGAUUUUCAAUAUUUUUCUUUACUUUCAUAUCAAUCUUCUUUAUUGAAAACUUUGGAAGAAAAAAAUUAAUUCUUGGAAGUACUUUCCUCACCUUGAUAGGUUUAUUAGGGAUAGCAAUAUUUGCUCUUGUUGAUAUUUUUGUUGUAUCGUUUAUCUUCAUUAUUUUCUUCUUAUUUGGUUUUGGUAUAGGUCUUGGUGCUGUAGUUUGGCCAUUUUGUACUGAACUGGUAAAUAAAGAAGAUCUACCUAUAUGCUCUGCAGCCAGAUGGUUCAGUGCUCUUUUAAUUGGUAUUUGUUUCCGUUUUUUAGUACUAGCAAUAGGAAUUUCAGGCACAUUCUUUUUAUUCUUCGGUUUUACACUUUUAGCUUUUAUCUAUUUCUUAAAAGAGAUGAAAGAAACCAAAGGUAUGACAAUAGAAUAAGUAGAUUAGAUGUAUAGCUGA